AUCUUUUUAUUAGGGUUCAGGUCAGUGCCGUUGUUGGUCCAUGAACACUGUGUAAGCUUCGAAACUCUGAUCGGAGGCGUACCCAAUUUCCUCAACUUGUUAAGCUACUAAUUAGCGCAUGCAAGUUUUCAACUUGACGAGUGAAGAUCAAAACUUGCUCAACUCAAAUAACUGCUGAUAAUUGUUCUUUUAAACUGGGGUGAAAGAUUUGAAGACUUCUGAGAUGUUGGCCAGUUGUCCUGCAAAAAGGAUUUCAUUUAAACGAUCAAUCAGUAAUGGUGAUCUGGUUAUUGUUUAUGAAAGGCAUGACAGCAUGAAGGCUGUAACGGUGUCUGAGGGUUCAGUCCUGCAGAAUCGUUUUGGUGUUUUUAAACAUUCAGACUGGAUAGGGAAGCCGUUUGGGUCUAAAGUAUUCAGUAGUAAGGGUGGUUUUAUAUACUUGUUAGCUCCCACACCAGAAUUAUGGACUCUAGUAUUAAGCCACAGGACUCAGAUUCUCUAUAUUGCGGAUAUUAGCUUUAUUAUCAUGUACUUGGAGAUUGUUCCUGGUUGCUUGAUUCUUGAAUCUGGAACUGGAAGUGGAUCUUUAACUACUUCACUUGCAAGGGCUGUUGCUCCGACUGGGCAUGUCUAUACAUUUGAUUUCCAUGAACAAAGGGCUGGAUCAGCUAGGGAUGAUUUUGAGAGGACAGGCCUAACCAGCUUAAUCAGUGUGGGAGUUAGGGACAUCCAGGGUGAGGGAUUUCCUGAUGAAUUUAUGGGCUUGGCAGACUCUGUAUUCUUGGAUCUGCCUCAACCUUGGCUUGCCAUUCCAUCAGCUGCAAAAAUGUUAAAACAAGAUGGCACAUUAUGCUCGUUCUCUCCAUGUGUUGAACAAGUACAACGAUCAUGUGAAACACUUCGAACCUGCUUCACAGAUAUAAGGACAUUUGAGGUACUCUUACGCACAUAUGAAGUUCGGGAAGGGAAAAUGGAAAGCUUUAAUGAGGAUGGCAAUGGUUCUAAUGGUUCUCUUCCUUGCAAGAGGAGGCAGUGUUCGGAUGGAAGCAAUGUACUCAGCAGUCCUAUUUCUUCUGUCAUGGCUAGACCUUGUGGUGAAGCUCGAGGUCACACGGGCUAUUUGACAUUUGCAAGACUUAAUUGUCUCUCAUGAAGGCUGCUAUAAUGUCCAUCUUUUUUUGUAGCAGAGAAAAAGCUUUGUAUUUUUGUAUCUCCUUUCAGUUUGAGCCUCGUACAACAAAUUGUUUUUGUUCGUUGUAGUCAUUAGGUUUUGAAAGGAAUUUUUUAUGUAAUACGUGCUUGGUUACAAAUACGCUUUAACAUAUAUAAUUUGUAUGUUUCAUAUCUUGCUUCUUGAAGCAGAGUCUGCCUCUUUGGAGAAAAGUAUCAUUGACAAUAUUU